GUCCGCUUAUCCAGUAUUUUCCUCCGUAGGACACGCGACGGGCUAGACGCAACCGAUACGAUCGUGACGACGCGCCCUGUCUAAUGUCCUGCUCCUCCAGUCGCGCAGCCAACGUGCUGUCUGUGGCCAUGGGCAUUCCCUCGCGAUCCAAGGGAUAUCUGACUGGACUAUCAAAGCGAAAGUUUCGUACACGGACAUCGGGAGAUCUUUCCUGCCAAAAGAUCUGUUCUGACAUUCCGUCCCAAGCGCAUUCUGUUGAUCCUCUGAAGACAUUGAAUCGUCGUUUGGAUGUGUCAACAUCCUCGUCAUCAUCAUUAUCUUUGCCGGAAAACCGGAUAUAUUGUUCAGAGCCGUCGUGGGAGGUCUUUUUUAUUCACUCUUGCACUUCUGGAUCAAGACGAUCUCGGUCACUAGUUCCCAGUCAUCAUCGUGUUCACAACCUGCAACAGACAUAUCCUCAUCACACAAGUCUGCGACCUCGGAAUGGUGGUCCACAUCGCUCAUUUUCAGUCAAGGCAUGCGCCGAUAGCUCAGUAGGGGUUGUUUCAAAAGGAGUGCAGCAUUGCGCACAAAGUGAGGGCCUCUCACAGCAUUCGUUGAUCGUAUCACCACCAUGCAUCGUCGUUGAUAACAUCCACCGUGGCAAAAGAACAACCACCAAGACUCAUUUGCACUCAAGGAAUACAUCGUCGACGCCAAGGCAGCAGUAUCUUACACCAGAUUUAUUCGGCUUCCAACAUUCAGCCUUACAGAUAUCAAUGUCGGUAUCAGGAAUACAAAACAGGGGCAGCCCCGAUGCUUCGAUGUGGUUCUGCAUCUGCAAGCCAAUUAACCGACUCUCGUCCAAAAGAUUUCUGCACUCGACCCGGUCCAGGCGGGCAUUUUUCUCGCAGGAGGGUGGCGAAGGCAUAGGUCUAUCUCUGGAGGAAAAGAGAUCUAUUGUGGCCGAGUUACGACAGAAGGCGUUCGUGAGAUCUAGUGUCCCGCAAUUGUGGGCAGCAUAUACAAAGAUCGUCAAGUCUGAGGCCCUUCCACUACUACAGAGCGACGACGUCACCGUCCUUUUUCAAGUUCUCUCUCGGUCACCUCAGAUUGAGGAAUCAACAGAGAUGAUGCUCCAGGUUGCCCUGGAUGUGAACGACAUGGGGAAGCAGCUCCCACAGGAUGCCUUCGAUCUUCUCAUACGCCAUACAACCGACAAUCUGCCCGCGGAACAGGUCAAGGCCAUGUUGUGGCAAAUUCAGGGUCGGCGGCGCUUCAUCACCGAGUCCAUACAACUAUGCGAUUCCAAUGCAGAGAUGAAGCGAUUUUUGGGUCUUUACAAUCAACUUGUCAAGGCCUCAUUCGACGUGGACGGCUAUUCGACAUAUUUUCAGAGCCGAAAGGAGAAGGCCCAGCGUCUCGGCGAGAUAGUGCUAGGAUGGAUCGAGGAUGAGAGCAAAAGUAUCAACACAAAAGUCAUCGAGCACCUCUUAGUCUUUCUACUGGACCGCGGUGUGACCGACAGCGUCUAUAAUACGAUCGGGGGCCUAUCAAAGGACGGGUUCAAGUUCACUCAUGGAUUCCUCACUACCGCUAUCCAUCGUUUUGGACGACAGCAAAAGUUUGAUUACAUGGACAUAACACUCGACAUCAUGAGGAAGCAGGGCCUUGAGCCUCUCGAGGAUACCUAUUCAGCCAUCAUUGAUGCACACGCAAAGGCGGGGAACCUAAGGGAGGCUCAGAGAGCGUACCAGGAGGUUCUUGCCGCAGAUCUCACACCAACCGACACGACGUUUGGACCCAUGGUAGAGGCUGUCGGAAAAAUGGGCGAUUACGACAUGACGCGCCAGCUGGUGGAACAGAUGAAUGCGGUCGGUGUUCCCUCAAACGAAUAUACAUUCAGCGCAUUUCUCCAGAGUAUGUCACACGACCCCGAUCGAAGCGCCCAGCUCUUCAAGGAGCUGUCAAAGCAGGUGGGGCCCAACGCAGUCAACUACAAUCUUCUCAUCCGGACGUUCCAGCGCCACGGCGACCUCGAUGGCGCUUUCCGAGUAUUUCGAUCUAUGGUUACAGACGGAAUCGAACCAGACCAGUAUACAUUUUCCAGCAUCCUCAGUCUUUUUGCCUCACGCGGCGAUGCCGGGGGCGCAGAAGUCUUUUGGAACGAGAUGGUCAACGUGCACAAGGUCCCACCCAACGCACACGCAUACGGAUCGAUGAUGCAUGUUUACUGCACGGCAGAUGAUAUGCUGAGUGCACAAACUGUGUAUAGAGAGAUGAUUCAGGCCAGCAUUAUGCCAAACGAAGUUAUCUUCGGCACCCUGCUCAACGCAUACGCUCGCCGCGGGGACUUGACACAAAUGCUCUCGAUCUACGAUGCUAUGCGUGCAGAAGGUCUCAAGCCAAACAGCUACAUCUACUCUAAUUUGCUGUUUGGGCUGGUCAAGGAUGGCGACAUGACGGCGGCACGGCGAUUAUACGAGAACAUGGAGGAGGAUGGAUACGGCAACAACGUGCUGGCGCAAACGAUAUUGAUGAAGGGAUAUCUGGAUCAGGAUAACUUUAAGGAGUCUCAGGAAAUCUACCAGAACAUGCUGCGCGCCGGACUGAUACCCAACUUUAUGACCUACGCCACACUUCUGCAGGCAUAUGCAAAACGAGGAGAGAAGACAGAGGGUCGAGCAUUCUUGAACAAGAUUAUGAAGAGCCGUGGGCUCGUUGUUGUGCGCGAGGAGGAGGAGGUCCAAGAUGAUGACGAGACUCUAGAGGAUGAAUCGACGUCGGGCGGCUUCCAGGAGGAUCGUCUUUCUACGAUCGGCACUGAACGCAAGCCCCUCAAGGCGGCAUCCAAACCAAAACCCCUGCUGGCAUUUACCCCUCUCCUCGAUGCGUAUGCAAAGGAAGGCAACAUUCUUGCCGCGAAGGAGAUGUUUGAAGAGAUCAAGGCUCGUGGCCUUAUACCCAACACCAUCACCUAUACCAUCUUGAUGGACGGCUCCAGGCGUGCAGGAGAUGUCGAGGGUGUCUUGCGCAUUUGGGGCGAGCUCUUUGACCGGUACCAACGGCAGUGGAAUGACGUUCGUGACCAUCCUGAGAAGUACAGGCCAUCCAGGCGAGCAAUGGUGGAAUGGAACCAAGACCGUUUGACGACUAAAGGUUCGAAGCUGCAGAGACUGAUGCAGCAACCAGUGUCGAUCACGCUCGAUUCACUUUGUUAUUCUGGGAGAGCCCUGGAGGCGAAGGCGAUCUGGAGGCAGCUGGAGGAGAUCGAGUUUAACUUUGAUUCAGCCAACUGGAAUGACUAUUGUAUUGCGCUGAUCAGAAAUGGAUUUUUGAUGGACGCGUGCGAAAUCAUCCAAGAGAAGCUACUCCCAGGAUUCGAGAGCGAGCGAGAACUGAGUCAUUCGUCCCGUUCUGCCAGGGGCUUGCCAGCACCUUCAGAAGUCGUUCACUCUACUCAAUACAGAGCAAGUACUGAGCAAGAGGAGCGAUUAUACUUUCGUAAGGAUGGGUCUUUGGAGUCGAUCGCGGAGGACGGUGAUACGCCCGUAUCGUCCAAGCAGCCUGCCACACUGUUGUUCCCGCGACCCAGGACAUUUGCAGCGUUGGCUGACAGUCUUGAGGAGCUCUUGUCACCUAAGGAUGAUGCGCGUGUUCGAUACCAGAAGCAGCCCUCAAAUCCCAUCAUAACGGAGCCAGAGCGCGCAACUACACCUACAGGCUCUUUGACUGACCACAGUGCGGUCGGUCUCAAAGCCAAGCGACUUGAGCGGCGGAAGAGACUGAUCGAGGCCAAGCUGCAGCCUUACCCUCAUCCGUUCGAAAAGCUGGACGAGAACCAUCGACAGAUCUUGUGGAGCAUGAUCCGGACAGGGUACCCCCGUGUGCUUGAAGCCCUGGACGAGGGUAUGCUAGUAGCCUCGAGACAGCUCAUUGGCAGCAGCAAUACGUUAUCGUCGUCAUUUUCGUUUGGAGGUGGACCUGAUGGUACCUCCAAGGAGUCACCAAAGGAAUCUGGUAUCCAAGCUGAGGCUGGAUUUAGGAACUUCCGGCAGUGGCGACGACUCAAGGCGGUGAUCAAGGAUAUGGAGCGGAAACAGUUUUUGGAAGACCGCAAGGCGUUUAUCCAGGAGCGCGAGGACCGGUUUGCUAUGUUGCGCGGACGCAAACCAGCCUAGACAACCGCAUAGAAGGAGUUCUUCUUAUUUGUAUUGUACCAUAAAUAUAUCGCAUUCUAGACGCCAUCUCC